UGGUGAUGAUGUCAGGAGCAUGUGAACCAGCGAGCAGCUGAUAUUCUCACUUCAAUCCUGAGUCUUUCAGCAGUAAGACAGAGAGAGGAGUCGUUAUGGAGCGGAAAUUGGAUUUGACCCGUUUGACGGACGAAGAAGCCAAACAUGUGUGGGACGUGAUUCAACGAGACUUUAACCUGCGCAAGAACGAAGAAGAUCGACUAGGGAAGCUGAAGGACUCCAUUGACAAGGAGGACACAAAACGAGAGAUUCUGGGCUCCCAGAACCAACUGGCCGACUCGUUGUGCAUUCGCUGCCUGCAGCCCUUUAAGUUCCUAGUCAACAGCAAGCGUCAGUGCCUGGACUGCCGCUCGUUCACCUGCAAGUCGUGUAGCCGCUACAACAAGAAGGAGCACGGCUGGGUGUGCGACAACUGCCGCAUGACCAGAGUCCUGAAGAUCGGCACCCUGGGGUGGUACCACGACAACGUCCGUAAUCGCUUUAAGCGCUUCGGCAGCGCCAAGGUGAUGAGAUCACUUUACAAAAGGCUGAACGGAGAAGGUGGGCGUGAUGAUGACACUCAGAGCAUGCCAGAUGUCCGCAGCCAAGUUUAUGCAAACGACGACGACCACGGAGAAAUGGAGGCGCAGCGAUACAAAUCGAUGCGUAAAAAUAAACGCCUGCUGUCAGUUCAUCCUUUUGACUUUGACUCGGAGGAAUACUUCCCUUAUUCGAGACGGCAAUCUGUGCAGCAAAUUCAGGAGGAUGCAGAAUAUGACAUGCACCUUCAGCGAAUGCAUCGCAGGAAAAGUCUGGACCGAUACGCAAUGAGAAAUGAUGAUUAUGGUGAGAACCGAAUGGUUCGGACUCGUUCCCUGUCCAAGAUUAGCUCCAUGGCUCGCCAGCAGUACAUCGACACGUCUGAUGAAGAGGAGUACGGCAGAUUUCCACCCGUCUACCAGCCAGUACAACCCUUUCGUCGCCGCAACAGCCGGGCUUCGUCUCAGGAGAACCUAGGUCAAGCCCCGCCAAUAAACGAGUUAAGCAAACGUAUGUCCGCCAUCGAAAGCCUGCUGAAUCGUUUGGAGGAGAAGAUAACGCCUGACAAGGCAUCAGGGCCGUCGGGUAACGAGGAAGAGAAGCUAAGGAAGAAGUUGAGCGAGCUGGCAGGAAAUCUAAGCGGCAAACGCUUGUCAUCAGAUGACGAGGCUGACAAGAAGAAAAGCUCCGGUGGCGUCAAGGGAGCGGCUGCACCGGACGCUAUGAAGCAUCUGAGCUCGUCCAGCGAUGAUAUCCCAAGUGAAGCUCAGAAGAGAUCCACCGCCUCCGCCCUUUGUGACCUCACCACUGAGGCCCUGAGAACCAUUAAUGCCACUGAAAACGCGAUGAUCGAGUUCGGCCUGUCAGAGCCGGCUGACAGAACCCACAUGUUAGGGACUGAUGCUAAGCAAGCCGAUGAUGCGUUCAGGGAACUUGAGGAAAAUGUGUACAUGGCAGCCGGGCAGUCCUUCCAACUGGAAAGCAAGUUGAUGCGACUGGAACAAAGUGCCACAAAUUGUUUUGGAGGGGCGACGGACUCUGAGCUUUCAGAGCUUGAGGACGUGGUGGCACUAACUGCUGCCCGGGUUCAGAGUGCUGAAAGCGAGGUUUCUGAUAUCGAGAGUAAGAUCGCAGCUUUGAAUGCUGUAGGUUCCAAGAGAAAGUUUUCUUCAUCUCAAAGAAAGAAGUAUACUCUCGAGCAUGCUACCAAAUCUGCAAACGGAGCUGCAUGGAAAUCCAACAUUUCUUGAAGUUUCUGCCAGUCACUUUGGUUUGAAAGGGUUUUAAAAAGGGGUGUUCAAAAGUCUGCUUUUUUUUUUUUGGUCCACUGCUCAUUCUAGAAAUAAAAUGUGUAACAUAAGAACAAAAAUCAAGAAACAAUAGUCAUUUUAAAAGGAGGAUUGGGACCUCGCUGAAAACUAAAGUAAAAUAUUGAAAUGUUACAAUAAAAAGUGAACAUGUUAAAUAUUACGACACUAAAACAUUUGUCAGUGAAUACAGAAAGCUGACGUGUUUUUUCUUGACCCACAUUACAGUUUUGAUGACAAGACAUUGUUCCUUGGUGUAAAAAGACGCUCCUGUUUGAAACCUUUUCUUUUUCUUUCUCUUAAAGGCUUCGGAAUGAAAAACAAUGAUGGCCAUUCUGUGAAUUAACUUCAGAAGAAGUUUAUUGUUGUAUAUAAAGUGUCCGACAUUGAAUAAAUAAAAUAGAAUCAUUGUUAAUAACAAGAAGGACUCUACGGUAUACCAAACAAUAAUAUGUUAUACUUAAUUGAAACUAGAAGUUUAAAGGCCUACUGAAAUGAGAUUUUCUUAUUCAAACGGGGAUAGCAGGUCCAUUCUAUGUGUCAUACUUGAUCAUUUCGCGAUAUUGCCAUAUUUUUGCUGAAAGGAUUUAGUAGAGAACAUCCACGAUAAAGUACGCAACUUUUGGUGCUAAUAAAAAAAGCCUCGCCUUUACCGGAAGUCGCAGACGAUGACGUCACAAGGGUGAGAGCUCCUCACGUCUUCACAUUGUUUUUAAUGGGAGCCACAAGCAGCAAGAGCUAUCCGGACCGAAAAAAACGACAAUUUCCCUAUUAUGAAAGGUUCGUGGAUGAUGAUAUUGAUAGCGAAGGACUAGAAAAAAAUAAAAUAAAUAAAAUAAAAUAAAAAGCGACGGCUCAGGGGGCAGCAGUGUGAGCGUUUUAGAUGUAAUUAGAAACAUUUACUAGGAUAAUUCUGGAAGAUCCCUUAUCUGCUUAUUGUUUUAAUAGUGUUUUAGUGAGAUUGUAAAGACAUACCUCGAGGUCGGACGGCUGCGGUGAACACGCAGUGUCUCAGAGAGACGCCGAGGAGCCAAGCCCACAGCUGCCUUUUAAACACCUACUGCAGGAGGAUGAAUAAUCAAAUGAUGUCUCCGGUAAGAUAUAUAUCACAAUUUUCCCAUCCAAAAACAGGCUGGUUGACGUAGAGAAACAUGUUCGCUUGACCGCUCUGUGUUAAAAACAAAGAAACACCGGCUGUGUCUCGGUGCUAAAGACAGCUGCAAUACACCGCUUUCCACCAACAGCAGUGUUCUUUAUAGUCUCCAUUAUUAAUUGAACAAAUUGCAAAAUAUUCAGCAACACAGAUGUCCAAAUUACUGUGUAAUUAUUUGAUGAAAAGAGACAACUUUUAGCCGUAACUGGUGCUGAGCUAAUAUUUCCUGACAGUCCGUGACGUUUUCAACAAAAAACUCUGUGGGAAAUUUAAAAUUGCGAUUAAGUCAACUAAACCGGCCGUAUUUGCAUGUGUUGCAAUGUUAAUAUUUCAUCAUUGAUAUCAGACUGCGUGGUCGGUAGUAGUGGGUUUCAGUAGGCCUUUAAAUGCAGUGUGUAAAAACACAUCAAACUUUAUUUUGUUCACUAUCUGAAAUUGAAUCGGAUCAAACUUCUCUUUUAGGUCAGCUAGGAUUACCACAAUUAUUUUUCCUUUGACAAAAACUGCAGAUAAUAGAGAUCAAAAGUAUUUUUGUAGGUCAGACAUGUACGAACAUAACUUUAGUAUUUUAUAGCAUGAACUUUAAACUGUAUGACUUGGGGUAAGUGUUAAAAAGUAUUUCCUCAAUUUUCUCACAGAACAAAUUCUGCAACAUUCCUCUUGACAGAAGUGGCGUAGCUGUGUAAGCUUUUUAGGCUCACAAAUAUCAUAUGGCAAAUAAGAUCAGAGCUCUGUGAUGGUUACUCCAAUAUGUUGACAUUGUUGUAUUUUAGAUAUUAUGGGCCUCAUCUGCUAAAAAUUUGCGUGUAUUAGAACCAUGCAAACUUGAUAGCACACACAAAGCUGGUCUACUUGGCUUGUGUACAGUGGAUUGGGUUUGCUAAAUGAGCAAAAUAACGUACGCAGUCUAUUGUUUGCUUUCAUGCAUAAGCAAAAUAUAUGCAGUUUAUCAGAACAUGCAAAAUACUGGGAGGAGAAGAUACAAAUGUAAUCAUUUAUCAGCCGAAUGUUAUUUUAACAAACUUGAAAUUGUUUACGGCUGCUGUUUUUGUGUCUAUAGUUAGUACUUUUGAAAGAUACCUGCAAACUGGCACAGUUACGCACAAAUGGCCACAGUCAUUGUUGCGAGAAAGAGGCUAUGACAGAUGACAGAGAGAAAUCUCUGUGUGCAUGUCAACAUAUUUAGAAUGUAAAGAAUAAAAAUAUCAGACAUA